UUCUCCUUUCAGGUGUGCUUCUUUUCCGUACUAUUUCUCUUGCUCGAUUGGUAGUUCUAGAAGAAUCAAUUCUUUUCUCUUCUGUUCCAGAUUUUCAAGGGCAGAUCUUUGCUUUCUCAUCUGGGUGUUGCAUUUUGGAUUUUCAAACUCAAAUUUCCUCAAGCAAAAAAAGCAAGAAAGUACUCUAACUGAUAGGGGUAACUUCUCGAUUUUUUUCUGUCCUAUAUGUUUAGUUAUAAUGCACAAUGUUUGUUCUUUUUAUUCUAUGUUAUAGUAAAUUGACGUUUGUGCUUUAAGAUCAAAUUAAACAUUAGGAUUGCAAAAAUUCCAAUUCUAUGAUAAAGCAAAAUCACUCGGUGAUCAGCCAUUAUUUGAGGAAUUUUAUAUGUUUCGUGCAAUGGUGCGGAGUGAAGGUGAAAAGUGCUUGACAUAUGUGCACGAGGCUGAUAGAAUUCAUUUACAAGCCGAUUAUAAAAAAGAUGGAGUACAUGCUGACCAUAUACGUCCCUUUGUUCGUAGGCGAGGAAAAGGUGGUGUUGCUGGUAGGAGGGAACGUGCUAUUAAGAGAGGUCAAGUGUCUAUCGAAAUGGAUGAAAUGCUUCAGGAAGAUGCCCAAGCAGUCCCGGAAGAUGAUCCAGCAACAACAAAUUGUAAUAUUAGUUCCACUUCAAGAGGCGACACUCACGAAUUCACUCAGGCAUCAGCUAUGACAUAUCAACCAACAACUACUCAAAUUGUGCCAUACAUGACGCCACAAACUCCACAAUAUUCAAGAGAUCCAAGUCUUUCGUCUUUUGAGAAUAUAUUUGUUGAGAAUGGUCCUGUUUUUAACUCAUCGCCUGUGCAAAUGUCCAUCGAUAUCCCUGAGGCCACUAAUAGAGAUGAUGGGCAGGACUGCAAUAUUGAGAUACAAGGUAAUGAGUUGGAUGAUUCCAACGAUGAAGUGGAUGGUGAACCAUCAAUGAGGUAGAAGCGUAAAAUUAUUCGUAAGCGUUGUGCGACCGGGAGUCACUUUCUUGAUCAGCACGGUAGGAUUAAAAAGCAGCGCGGUAGAGGUAAAAAGCAGCAAGGUAGAAGCAAAAAUAAAUGAAUGCAUCACUAAUAGUUUGGCUUGUAAGUAAGAUGAAGGCACAUAAUCUCGCUGAUCUAGUUUAGUAGGAAUGAUCUCCUUUUUUUUUUUUUUUUGCUAACUGUAAGUAAGAUGAAGGCACAGUUGGUGUAUUAUGUUUUUUUUUGCUUUUUGUAUUCAGCUACGUUUUCUAUGCUAUGGUGCAAAGAAGUUUUAAUUGGAAGUCAUGAUUGUAUUUGGUUUUUGCUAGCAAGUACUGUAAGUUUUAAUUGGAAGUCAUGUAUUAGCUAUGGUUUUUGCUAGCAAGUCAUCAGCAGUUUAGUAGGAAUGAUUUUUUUUUUGCUCACUGCUGGUGUUGUUUUGAAGCUGGAAAAGAAACAGUUAUGGUGUAUUAGUCUUUUUUUGCUUUUUGUAUUCAGCUAUGGUGUAAAGAAGUGAAAUUUUAUGAAAAGAUUUCCACGAGGCAUUUAUAUGUA